AUGGGACCGACGAUAGUGCGUGUGGCGCCUGGCGGAGGUGAGAAGGGCAUCAAAUGUUGCUGCUGCAGAUGCUGCGAAUGCCUCAACCUUGGAUACUUGACCACCCAUCAUGGAAUUAUAAAGCUAGCUGAAGCUAUGUUGGGUGGUUUGUGCCAGAGUCUGCUGGUGAAGUAUGGCAUGUCUGAGGCCAGCAACAUGGGUUCAGCCUUUCAUGGGUUCCUGACGACGGCCUCCGCCUGCCUCCUGACUACUGCUCUCCUAAUUGCCUGCUACGUACUCUCUUCACACACACAACAGCUCAUAAGACAGUCCAUUUUCGAAUGUCUGUUCAACACGGUAGCGUGUUUCCUGUACUUGUCGGCGUCCUCCUAUAUGGGCGUAGCAGUGAACAUCUACCUGUACCCGCAGUACGCGCUCGUUAACAUGUACGCCGCGUAUCCGGCCAUGACUGCUGUCUACUACAUCGGCGUUGUGGUUGGCAUACUUCACGGAGUGGACGCGUACCUGUCCUACAAGUAUCACAAGGGAUAUCGAUAA